CAUGCACCAUCCUUCCCAUCAGUAACACAACUACCACUCGCAAACUACAAUAGCCAUCUCAGCCAUGCAGCAGGACAUGGACACGCAACCAGGCUCUAGUCGUGCUUUCCCUCCGGACACAGUUUCUUCUUACAGUACGACCAACUUUAGUGCACAGCAUCUUCGCCGUCCUCCUCGUUCGACAGCGCAACAUCGUCGACAUUCAUACGUCAUACCUGGAAGCAAAGCAUCAACCCAAAAGCUUCGCAGAGUCCCUGAAAAUUCAAGUUUUGGAACGGACACUGGAGUUGGCGGUCCUUUGUCAGCAGAUCAGCGAAUAUUUACUGUCUUAUCACCCGAUGCAAGCCGAGACCCGAUUUCCGGCGGCACAUAUGGAAAUAUUUACAAGUGUCUAUACCACGGAUCAGAGGGCGAUGCAGAGGUCGCCGUCAAAGCGAUUCGACCACAAUUCUUUAGUGUUGAGAUGUUUCGGAGAGAGCUUGGGAUUUGGAAGAGGUUGCGGCAUUCUAAUAUUUUGAAAUUCAUGGGUACAACUUCGGACUUUGGCCUAUCACUUCGUGACAUUGCUGCUGGCCUCAACUAUCGUGGGUGA